UAUGACCCGUAGCAAACACGCAAGUUAUUCGGACAUCAAACACAUCAUAAUCUCCUCAACGCCUCGAUAUCAUCAUCUACCAUUCUCUAUGUAUACACACAAACAUGUGUCAUGUGGGUGCGCAUAACUUCGUGUAAAUACGUUCUAAAUUUCGUAUACUCAUUUUGUAGUAUCAAAAUUCCCACUCGCCAUCGUCCUCGAUAAACACCCCAACCAAGUUCCAUGAACCCUCGCUCACUCUAUUCAGACUCACCCUUCAUUGUGAAAACACACACAAAAAGGAUCCAAAGAUCAAAGUAAAAUAUAUACCCAUUUAAUUUUCGAAGAUUUUGAGGAGAAUGGCGAUGAAGAAAGCAAGCAAGCUAGCACAAAAGGCAGUGAUCAAGCAAAUCUUGAAGAGAUGCUCGAGCUUGGGGAAGAAACAGAGUAAUGCAUACAGUGAAGACGAAAACGGGCAUCCUCUUGACGUACCUAAAGGCCAUUUUGUCGUCUAUGUUGGAGAGAAUCGGGUCAGGUACGUUGUGCCCAUUUCGUUUUUGACCCGAGCCGAGUUCCAGCUUCUUCUCCAGCAAGCAGAAGAAGAGUUUGGUUUUGAUCACGAAAUGGGUCUCACUAUCCCUUGUGAAGAAGCCGUUUUCCGAUCUCUCACCUCCAUGCUCCGAUAAACAUAAAUUUUGGGGUUUUGCUUCUCCUUUUUUAAUUAUAUAUUUGGGAUGGUUAAUUAGGAUGAGAGAGGGGAAGCUAGCUGCUGAGUAAAUGCUUAUAUGUUCUAGCAAACUAAUUUUUGUAUGUUUUGUCUAAUGUAUGGGUUUAGUGUUGUAUUAGAGUGAGACCUAACCCUUAGAUAAUAGACCCAAUGAUAAUGAUUUAUAUUGGUUCUCUUUUUUAGUUUUGUCGGAAACAAAACAAAUUUCUGGUGAAGAUCACUCUCAUGGUGGUGUGGUUGUUGAGUGUGUACCUUGUGAGAGAGAUUUUAACAUUGAUGAAUGGGACUUUUGAUAUUACCAGAGCUAUUAGUCCGGGUUUUCUUUUCCAUAAACUAAUGAAUUGUUGUGUAAUGUGAUUUAUAUGAAUCUAAGU